GAUUAGAUCAGCAAGGGAGCCACCUCAAGAUUUCAUCGGUCCCCUGAGAUCCCCAAGCCAGAUGAUACAGCCAGGUCUUGAGGGACUUCCAGAAAAUAAGUAGGGAUGGAUUAAAUUAUGCCUUGCAUUUGAGCAAGAAUAACAUAGAAAUACAAUAAAUAUUGGCAAUAUCGGGUCUAGCUGUGAAAAUGCAAUCAUAUCGAUAGAUUAAAAAAAAUGGCAUUGCAAUCCAUCGCUUUUAGAAACGAGCAUCAUGUUUUCUUUUACAUUGUUUACAGUUUCGCACAUCAGCGCCAUGAUGGUGGUAUUCUGGCGGAAGUCCAGUUCAGGAAUACUUCUAGAGUAUUACAUUAAAAAAAACUACUAUUCCCAGCAAGCUCCAGGAAAAGAGUUGCGAAAUAACCGAGGAUAUAUAAGAUGACUCUCGGGCAGCUUGAGGUUUAGACUUUGGUCGGUGGGUUAUGCUGGUGUUGGUUAUUGUUUAGGCGUAUUUUUUAUUCAGCAUUAUUAUUCUGUUCAUCUCCUCGGAAAGCUGAGUAGUAACUGCUUCCUUUUAAUUUCUCGGGACCUUCCUUUUCUCUGAUCAUUUCAAUGAGACCCAAUGAAGCAGUGGAGGCGUCCGCCUUGGCGGUGCGCUUGGACGAAUGGAAGCGGCGGGCGGCCGAGUGCAUCGACGAGUCGUCGGAGCGCCUGGGCGAGCUCAGCCGGGCGAUCUGGAGCCACCCGGAGCUGGCUUACGAGGAGCACCAGGCUCACGCCGCCCUGACGCGCUUCUUCGCCAGCCUGCCCGCGUCGCCCUCCUCGGGCGCCUGGUCGGUGCAGCGCAGCUACAAGCUGGCGACGGCCUUCCGGGCGGACUGGAAGUGGGACGGGGCGUCCUGCUCUCCUGGCGAAGCGAGCCAGGCGCCCCCGCCGCCGCCGCCGCUUCGCCUGGGCUUCCUGUGCGAGUACGACGCCCUGCCCGCCAUCGGGCACGCCUGCGGGCACAACCUCAUCGCCGAAGUGGGCGCCGCCGCCGCGCUGGGUCUGAAGGGCGCCCUGGAGAGCCUUCGCCAGAGCCCCGGAGGCCUCCCUCGCCACGCGCCAGCUGUUAAGGUCACAGUGCUGGGCACACCUGCUGAAGAAGAUGGAGGAGGCAAAAUAGACUUAAUUAAAGCUGGGGUUUUUGAUAGUCUAGAUGUUGUUUUUAUGGCUCAUCCCUCUCAAGAAGAUGCAGCUUAUUUGCCAGAUAUUGCAGAACAUGAUGUGACUGUGAAAUACUAUGGAAAAGCUUCUCAUGCUGCUGCUUACCCUUGGGAAGGAAUAAAUGCAUUAGAUGCUGCUGUUCUUGCAUACAACAAUCUGUCACUUUUAAGACAGCAAAUGAAACCAACAUGGAGAGUUCAUGGUAUAAUAAAGAAUGGAGGUGUGAAACCUAAUAUCAUCCCUUCUUACACUGAAUUAGAAUUUUACUUGCGUGCUCCUUCCUUAAGGGAACUCUCUACCUUGAAGGAAAAAGCAGAGAAUUGUUUUAAAGCUGCAGCUCUAGCCACUGGGUGUGAAGUGGAAUUACAAGAUGGUGCAAAUGAUUUCUACAAUGUGCUUCCUAAUAAGACUCUUAAAAAAAUCUACAAAGAAAAUGGCAAGAAGCUUGGCAUAGACUUCAUUUCUGAUGAAAACUUAAAUGAGUUGACAGGUUCUACUGACUUUGGAAAUGUUAGCUUUGUGGUUCCUGGGAUUCACUCCUACUUUUACAUUGGUUCUGAUGCAUUGAACCAUACGGAGCAGUACACAGCAGCUGCAGGAUCAGAAGAAGCUCAGUUCUAUGCCUUGAGAACAGCUAAAGCUUUAGCUAUGACUGCCUUGGAUGUUAUUUUCAAGCCAGAUGUGUUGGAAAAAGUUAGAGAAGAUUUCAGACUAAUGAAACUGAAAGAAGAAGGUUGUUUGAAUAUUCCCGGAAAUGCAAAAGGAUCAGGUAUUGGUAUUGGAGCAGAAUGUGCAUCGCACUGAAGUAAUACAGCAUAUUACUAUAUCUAAAAACUCUACAGAAAGUCCAGGAUUGUUCUACUUCUAGGGAAUAUUUUUGAUAAUUGGAAAGAUACUGAAACUUCAGUGUAUUUUUUUAAAUCGUAUUUUUAUCUAAAAUCAUGUCAUUUGUCUUAAUUUCAGACAAAAUUACAUAGUGUAAUUAAUUGAACGUAAGCUGUAUCUUAGACUUUUGAACUGUUGCAAGUGCUGGUACAAUUUUUUAAAAAAAUAUUAGGUUAUUUUCAUAGCUGCUGUUCUAAUGUUAAGGAACAGAGGGAGCCAUGCUUAGUUUAUAAGAUGCAGCAGCAAACACCAUAAUCAGGAAAGUUAGCGUACUUGAUUAAGUUAUAUGUAAUUGAAUUAUGGCUUUUGAAAAGGGGAUACCAAAAGUUAAGCUUUGUUUGAAAAAUGGACCUGGGUUUUUAUCUCAGAAAUAACUUCUGCCCUCUUAAUCUCAUUCUCGCAAAUGGAGCUCGGUGUUUGAAUAUGCAACAUUUUUCAUUUUCUUUCCUCGGCUUUCCUGGAAGGCUGUUUUUUUAAUCACUUUAUAUUUCAUACCUGAAAUACAUUCCUAUACCCUUGUUUUGCACAAUUUCCAAAUCAAGUGUAUCUCUUAGUAGGAUGUGUAAUGUUUAUUAAAGUGAAUGGGACUGUGCAGUGCUUCAGAUUCAGUUCUGUAAAGAUGCUUUGGAGUGAACGGAGGCAUGAAUAGCAGCCGCAGAGGGCAGCUGUGUGGACCCAGGAAACGGUGCUGCUCUUUUAAAGAGUUGUGGGCAGGUGAUACAUUUGCACACUUGCACAUUCAGAAGUGCCUUUCUGGAAUCAAAUGCAAAGAACUGCACAGAUCUGAAAGAGAGUAACCAGGCAUAGCUCUUAAACUGGAAUUCAAGGGAAAAAAAAUUCUUGUGAAAAUGCCUGAUUAAACAAGAAUGGGGGGUUCUUUCUAUAUUAUAGAUAGAGGUAGAAUAUAAAGCAGUAUUUCGGAUUUUUAUUUCUCUUAAGAAAAUGUUCAAAAGAAAAGAAAACUUACCUAAAAUUUUCCUCUUCUUACAUUUGCUUAAUUAAACAUUUAGGCACUGGAAAAAUUACAUUUUGAAAAUUAAUUAUUCCAAAUUUCAAGUUAUGGAUGCAGUACAAAGUAAGUUAGCAGACAUAGCUAUACAGUAACUACCAUCUUAAAAUAAUAGUUUGCCAAGUACCUAAUGGUAUGGAUUUGGCACCUAGAGUAUUUGGAAUAAUGCUAAGCUUUUUUGGAUUGAAGGUGACAAGCAAAUAAACAGGUGGAAAGUGAGUAACCAAGAGAAAAGAAAAUGUUGAAAUUUUCCCUCAUGGAAAGGGAAAUCCUAUGAAAGAGUGCUACAGAUGAUUAAAACUUGUUUUAAAAGUACGACUUCUAAAUCAACAUUUAUUGUAAAAGAGGACUUAUUGUGAAACUCUUGUAUUUUUUUAAAAUCAAACAUUGAUUCUUUAUUCUAGAGAUAUAGUUAUUUCGGAAUAUAAGGUAAUACAAAAUCUGGCCCUUAUUGGCAAUAUUUUCAGAUACUUGAUCCCAUGCAGUGCACUUUUAUGCCAUCUUUUAAAACAACGUCUGGAAUCUUUCAGCAAUCUGAUCCCUGAGAAUUUGUAGUCUUGCAAGAUUUUAGUAUUUUUCUUCCAUUUGUACAAAUUGGUUAAUCCUUCCCAAAUAAUGUUAUACUAACACUGUCUAGGGCUGUUGAGGAUACCUUUGAAUACUAUAUUGCCAACCCCUCCAUUAAUUAGAUUAUAAACAUAAUUGGAAAGUGGUCAUUUGGUCUGUGUGUGUGUGUGUGUAUUGAUGCUGUCAGGCAGCCUUUGUAUUUGGAAUUCUGUAAUAUUUCUAAUAGUGUCAGAUUGAGCCUUGCAGUGCAGUUCUUUGCAUACCUACUCAGAAGGAAAUCCUAUUCAUAGAUUCAUACAUACUUUCAUACUGCACCUCUAAACAGUUUUCUCUAUAAAUGUCAAGUGCUUACUCACUUUUCAACUGAUCCAGUAAAUUUCUGUUUUUAGCAUCUUUGCAAUUUAUAAUGGACAUAUUACAGUCUUUUGGAUUAAUAUUAUAGAUAUUGUAGCAAGUUCCACAGCUGUAAUAUAUAUGGAUUUCUGAUUGAAGCAAUAUGCCUGUACUUACAUAUAGGGGGAAGAGACAAUAUCUAAAAAAAAAAAAGCCC